AUGGAACGGCCUGUUGACCUUCGGAUUUUUAGUCUGCUCUAUGCCGCCGUCCUCACCACCUCAUCCUCGUUGAUCCAAAACAACAUCAAGCCUCUUCCAACAACAACCAAAAACGAGGAGCCCAACAGUCAACUGAGCACCCAUUCAAACUGGAAAAGGACUACUCGGCUGUUCAGUCUGCUCAGCAUCAUACCCGGGGGGAUCGGCAUCGACGUCGGUGCUGGUCUAUCGACCGCUUACCUUCAUUCGCUCCAGUCUCGCUCCCCCAAUCAACCUUCUUCAUCCUGCACUGGGAUUUCUGGAGGUGGACAACAAUGUGGCGGUAUUGCUCCAGCCUCCGCGACCACCAAACUGACUAUCUAA